AUGGAGAAAAUACUUUUAUUUUUCUUUGCUUUUCUUACUGUCGCCCGCGCGGCCGAGUUCAAAGUCGGUGGCAAAGUGAAGUGCCCUCUGGACGGGGCGACUGGCCACACAUCCGGGACUGUCCAACUGUGGGAGCACGACAUCGACCCCAACGACUUUAUGAGCCAGAUCCAUUUAAAGGACAACAAAUUCAGUGGCCUGAACUUCUCCGAAACCGAGAUUUUCGGGGAAGUCGAGCCAUAUGUGUUGGUCCUUCACGAUUGCCACAAAGAGCUGCGCGAGGAGGGCAAAGAACCGUCAAAGUCGGGGUGUCUGGCCGUGUCGCGAUACUACUUCAGCCCACCGCAAGGAAGCAAUGAGAUUUGGCUGGAGUUCGACCUAUCUUCUACGGUGGAGAAAGAGCUACGUUGUGGACAGUCGGCGAAGGUGCUGCCGGCGAAAGAAGGCGGGACUACGACAAAGACAGAGACUACAAUUCAUCGAGGUGUUAAAGGGGAUGCUGGCUCAAAGUCAAGUGAAAGUGCUGAGCAUUAA